AUAGCAAGGCUCGUACCAAAAAUUGCAAUUAAUCACACGCCCAUAGUGCAAAUAAAACGAGUCUGGAGAAUCCCAAGAAGUGCCAUUUAGAAUUGUGAACGGAUAUUUGAUUCAAAGCCAAAGAAGGCAACGUAAAAGCUGCAGAAAAUUCUUUUUUACAUUAAAGAGGAAGAAGGAGGCAAAAAAGUUAAGCUCCAAGCAACCUGAGAAAAAAUCGAAUAAUAUAUAUUUAUUGAAGAAUUAUACAUACCUAACUCAAUUAAAAAAUAAUUACAGAGUUAGAAGCACUCGCACUCGUACAUAAAUAUACACAAAUAGGAGGUGACAUUUAUAUAUAUUCACAUACACGCACGCACUGCAUCGGAAAUUAAUUUGUUACAAAAAAUUGAUCGCUAAAGCCGAGUAGCGCAGUAUUUGCAGCCGCUAAUUUAAAAUAAAAUAAAACUAAAUUAAGAGCAACUUUCGAACGGGUCGGACUUACCAUAAUUUUAGGAAGUAGUAUUGAAUACUAAAAACAUACAUAUUUUUUAACGAAAUUCAUACAAAACACGAAUUUAACUAUAUAAAAUUUGUAUGAAUCGAUUAAAUUAGAGAGUAAAAAUGGCAGAUAGAUAUACAAAAACGACCUCUAGCAGCGUGUUAGAUGGAAAGAAUGACAAAAAGGGCGCUACACACACACCAGCGUCGUCCCAGUUGCCCAAUGACGCCGCUGGUAGUAGCGCCAACCACAAAAAUGUGCAAAUCCUUACAAAGCUUGCCAACAGUUUGAGCGAAAGCUACCAACUGGUCAAGCAACGCCAACAAAAAUACAACGAAUUGAGCUCCAAAAUGGGCGGCGUAGACGCGCCACAGCUCGUGAGCUAUACCCAAGACUGUGAUGAUGCCGGCGCUGGCGAGUGGCAGGAAGUAAAGAAUAAGCUAAAGCGCAAGAAGAAGCUUUCCGCUUCACUCACCUCCGUCAACGAUUCGGUGAAUCAGGAGAAGCGCACCCGCAUCGAAGGCAUACAGCUGAACUGCCGCGGAAAGUUGCACAUCACCGAGCUGCCGGCACUAGUGCCGCAGUCAGCGACGCGCAGCUAUGUCAAUGUGGGCGUGGCACAACGCGCCGAACGCUGGGGUGGCGCAAAAUCGAAUGCGGCGGCCUCGAAUGCUGCUGCCGCACCGACAACCAAACAGACAAACGCGUGCAAUACAGCGCAGGCACCAGCGCCAGUGACGGCAGCGACUGGUUUAGUCACUGCUGCCGGCGUGACCACAGCCGCGCCACCACCGCGCCUCAAGCGCAAACUGCAGGAAAAUGUGCAGACUAUACAAAAGCUGAAUGCGCUCACAGAGCAGCUAAGACUGGAGAUCAACGAGCUGAAGUCCAGCUUGACGACCGAACGAGGCGCAGUGCGCGUGUUGCGCGCACAAAAUGAGUCGGAGACUCGCAAAUGGAAGAAUGAGGUGAAGAGACUGCAAAAUGCUGUAGAGCUUUUGAAGAAGAACAACACAUUGCCGCUGGUCGGUGCGAGGAAGGCGACAGACGCCGGCAGCGAGAACUUGCCAAAUGCUUCCACGACUGGCAAUGUAACCAACUACGAAGUACAAAGACUGACAAAUGAAGUUAUUGCGCUGAAGGAAGCGAACAGAGCUUUAGAAGAGAAGAAAAUG